UUUUCAGCUACGCUCACCGAUCCGUACACACACCCGUUUCCUGCUAUCCAACUGCGUCCUUCUCCAUGGCAGUUACGCUGCUCCAAUCUCAUUCUCACCUACUUUCUCUCUCUAAAAACCGCAAAAGCAAAUUAAUUCUUUUUUUUCUCUCUUACCAUUCUUUCAUUUAAUGCUGGAAACUCGUACAUUCAUUCAUUCGUCAUUCAGUCCUCCAUUAAUUCAUUGAUAUCAGCGUGGUUCUCCACUUCUCUGUUGAGGUUUAAUAUUUCAGAGCGAGGAAUAGAGAGGAGAGAAGAAGAAGAAGAAGGAGAAUCUGAAGAUGCCGUUGGUGAGGCUGCAGGUGCGAAAUGAAUACGGUUUGGGGCGGCCUGAGCUGUACAAGGACGAACAGGAAGAUCCCAAGGCCGUGCUUGACGGGGUGGCUGUGGCUGGGCUAGUUGGGAUCUUGAGGCAACUGGGUGAUCUUGCUGAUUUUGCAGCAGAGGUUUUCCAUGGUUUACAGGAGCAAGCAAUGAUUACAGCUAAUAGGAGCCACAAAUUGAUGGUUCGUGUUCAAAAAAUUGAAUCUUCCCUUCCUCCCUUGGAGAAGGCUGUAUUAGCACAGACUAGCCACAUACAUUUUGCAUACACAGCUGGUUGUGAAUGGCAUCCUCGCAUAAAAACAAAAAGGAGUCAUUUCAUUUACAGUGACUUGCCGCAAUUUAUUAUGGACUCGUAUGAAGAAUGCCUGGAUCCUCCACGUCUACACUUACUUGAUAAAUUUGAUAUUGGAGGCCCAGGAUCAUGCUUAAUGAGAUAUUCAGAUCCAACCUUCUUCAAGAGGGUCUCCGCUUAUUCAGAUGAAACAUACUCUGAAAAAUUUGAAAGAGCUAGAAAAUCUCGUAAAAGCAAGAAGAAAAGGUCAAUACGAAGGAAAGAAGGUUUGCGAGGUGAACAGAUUCAUAACAUUAGUGGGAGAAUGCAUUUUGUUUCUUCCACUGUCAAUGAACGAACUUCUUCCUCACAAACAGCAUCCACUGUGGACAUGACAAUAAGGUCAGAUCCAGAAGAUCAUUCACAUUCUUUUGAUUCAAGAGCUGGUGCUGACUACAUUGAAUGUGUCUUCCAUCCGGGUAAUUCCAUGCAACUGGAUGAUCAGGUUUAUGAGAAAUCAUCUUCUAGGCGAAAAGGAAAAGAAAAUACAGUUCAUUCAGUAUCUCCUCGUAUGGAUGAUAAUAUUUCAAUUGAUUCUUUGGAAAAGCAAAAUGCCUCUAGUUUGUCUGGCGUUACUUGGGAAGAAAAGGAAGAAAUAGUGGAGCCUAUGUGGCAAACCUAUGAUAAAGAUAAAAUAACAGAGAUGCAUGGUCAAAAGCAAGAUCCAGAUAUGAAUGAUGGUAAAGGUGCUACCUUAACGGAAGUUGAUUGCAGUGAUCUCCUAUUUGAUGAAGAAAGCAACCUGAAACCUGUUACCAGCAGUGUCCAAACAGAUGAAAUUGAUAGUGAACCUGAUAACUACGUGGAUGCACGUAAUAGCAUUGAAGUAGAAUCUGAAAAUGAUCUUGAUUGUGAAACCAAGAGAGAAGUGGAUAAAAUCACCUCACAUGUGACAGAUGGAAUAAUGGAAAAUGGAAUUGUUGACACUGAUUCUGAUGUACUAGACCACAAUUUAUCUUCUAUUGUUUCUGAGAUUCUAUCCAGUGCUUCACUUGAUAAGGGAACAGGCAGGGACUUCCCUGACUCACUGCAAGUAAAUCCGACCUCUCAUAUCGGAUCUGUGUACAUCAUGUCUAGUGUAUCAAGUGCUUCAUUAAAAAAAGAAACAGAUGGGGACUCCCCAGACUCGCCACUAGUAAAUCCACCUUCUGUGUCAGAUCUCUAUGCAGCUAAAUCAGACGCUCUUCCCAUCCGUGAAGAGGCACCUAGCAAAUGUGAAAAUUUGGCUGUUGCCUGCUCGGCAAGCACUGGUUCUUUGGGUGGUGCUCAUACAAUUAAAAAUAUUGUUUCUCCAUCCAUUGAAAGUGACAUAUCAUUUUCUGGUUCUAAAGGUUCUGGUUUACCAGAUGAAGAAGCAGAUAGGAUUAACGGCAAUGUCUGUGAAUCUAAAGAGACUCCUACAGGGUCUUCCAGUGACCAUUCAGUUAGAUUUUGGACUAAUGGUGGAUUAUUAGGACUUGAGCCAUCAAAACCUCCUGACUUUUCCAGGUCAAGUCCUUUAAGUAAAGUGUCUUUGACUAUGAAAUCUGAGAUAGAUGGUGGUCAAUAUCAUAAUGCAAUGCUAAAGAGCAAUGGAUGUACCGGGGAACAUAAUUUAUCAGCAGGGGUUGCUGAAGAUAUUGAAAAGGAACCAAGUUCUAGAUGCUUAAAAUUAAGUUGUGAAGAUCAAGCUUCUAUUACUGAGAAGACAUCUGGUGUUCAUAAGCUGAGUAAUGAAGUCAGUCCAACUGAUGGAAAUAAAUUGGCAGAAAUCAGGGUACUUGCACCAGGUUGUGUUCUCCCAGUUGCCCCUGAUUCCAGAGCAACUUUAACUGAACCCAAUCAAGGAAGUGGUGGGAAUUCAUCUCGUGUUUUUGGACUUGGUCAGAUGUUACUAAGGAAUAGCUUUCACAGGAAGGUUUCUUUUGAUGAGAAAUCUGUACCUGAUAGUUCUUUGAAACCCGGCAGGUUGGAGCAGAGUGGACAAAAUAGCAUUAUGUUUCAUUCACUUCCUGAGAAAACUUCCAAAGAGCAAGUUGGUUGUGGAUAUCCUAUUGAUUCACUCCCUUCUUCACCACCACUUGAACAUAUGAAAAUAUCUUUCCAUUCAAUUAGUGGGGGUGAGACCUCAAAAUUGAGACUGAAAUUCCCUGACAGUACUAACCGUCAUGAGAAUAUAAGGGAUAUGUUUCCUUCAUUCCAGUUGGUCCCAGAGCCUUCUAUUCCACUGCAUGAUUCUGGAUUCAAUUCAGAUGACAAUGACACUUUCUGUAGGUCAUCUCCAUAUGUGUCUGAUUAUUCAGACUGUAGUUCUGAUGAGUGGGAAUCUGGCGAAAGUCCUGAAAGCAGUGACCAUGGGGUUUAUGAUUUUUCCCACAACAUAUCAUCAACUGAAUCGCCAAGCUCACAAGAAUUUGUUGGAAUAUCAAAUAAUGACGUCAAUGUGACUAGUGGAACAAACUUCCAAAAUGGUGUGGAGCCUUCUUUAUCGGCUUUUCUUUAUUUUCCAAGUUUUGACAGUGUGAACCCAGUACUUCAUAAAGGAAGUAGCCAGGCAUCCAUUGUCAAUAAUACUGUAAAAUCUCAAAGCCAAGCUGAACCACCACCACCACCUCUUCCUCCUCCUCCUCCCCUUCCUCCAGUGCAGCGGGUCUCAAAACUGCAGUUGGAUAUGAAAAAUGAUACACAAAAGUAUACGUUUAGAGAUUCUGAACAAACUAAAUGUCUAAACCUUUCAGAAUCAACCAUCUCCUUGCAACCUAUGCCUGCCCAAAUGGAGCAAAAACUGACAAAUCAUGAUGAUCUCAAGUCUGAUGGAAGUAUUUCGCAAAAGUUGACAUUUCACAAGGUAAUAGAUCAGAAGUUAAAUGGGAAGAACGAAGCAUGUCAGGAGGUAAUGGGAAAAGAAUUGGCUGACAAGGAUGAUUUCCUGCAUCAAAUCAGAACCAAAUCAUUCAACCUGAGACCUGCAGUGAUAGGAAAGCCAAAUGCUAGUUCUAGUCCCCCUAAAAACGUCAAAGUUACUGCAAUUUUGGAGAAAGCAAAUGCAAUACGUCAGGUUGUUGCUAGUGACGACGGAGAAGAUGAUGAUAACUGGAGUGACACCUGAAUUUUUGGUAGUUGAUAUAAUUUAUCUGCAUCCUCUGACCUUUGGCAUUCUCAAGUGAAGUUGCUUGAGGUGUUGCUCUUUGUACUUAUUUGUGAAUAAGUCUUUGUUUAAUAAUGUGCAGUGCAGCUGUUAGUUCAUCCAAUUUUAUUUCCAGCUGGAUUUUUAAUUUUAUAAGUUAGUUUUACAUGGAAAUUAUGUGCCGGGUAAUCAAGUUGAGCCAAUGUUUUCCCAAAUUCCAAUAUGAGCCUAUUGUUUAUACAAGAUGUCAGAAAAAUUGGAUAGUUCUAA